AUGCGUGCAGAAGACGUUGAGAAGCUUGUGAAUAACCGACUUCGAGACUUAAAGAUUGCUCAGGAUUGGUUUCAUACCCUGCCAUUCGGGUCGAUCAACAGCUUCAAGGAGCUUACUUACGUCUUCACUAAAGAAUACAGUUCUUAUCGGACGAUCAAGAAGAACCCUGACUAUCUAUUCAGCCUGCGCAAGAAGCCCGAGGAAUCCCUUCGAGAUUACAUCAAGAGGUUCAAAGCAGAAAAAGCCAACAUCGUAGGGUGCAAUGACCAAAUCGCAUCCUCUGCAUUCAAGAAAGGUCUUCCAGCAGAACAUGACUUAUACCGCGAGCUGGCUAUCACUCCCAGCCAGACUCUGGCAGAGGUCUUUGCGACCGCAGAAUGCUACGCACUCUGGGAUGACGAUAGAAUCGCCGCGAAGAAGUCCACUGGGCAGGAAGAUCGACUGGCCAAGUGGGCAGAACAAAAAGGCGAUAGGCUUGGCAGCGGGGACAAAGACAAAGGCAGGCCACGCCAACAAAGAGAGGCUACGACGAAGGAGAACUACACCAAGUUCUCCAUCCCCAUACAUCAAAUUUUAGCCCAAGUGAAGGACAAACCUUGGGUAAAAAGACCGACACCCUUGAAAGGAGAUCCGGACAAGAGGGACACCAGAAAAUAUUGUGCCUUCCAUGCGACACAUGGGCACAAUACGAAUAAUUGCUUUCCUUGGAAAGCGUAUCUUGAAGAACUCGUGAGAGAAGUUCGCUGCACGGAGUUCAUCGCGAAGCAGGCCAUCCAGCAAAUUGAGGACCGCGAUACCGCUAAGGAGCCACCCCAGAAGGUCAUAAGGAUUAACACAAUCCUAGCCGACUCCGAGGAGUCCGGACUGACCAACAAAGAAAAGAAGAGGAAGAUCAAACAGGCUACUAUGAUCUCCCAAGUCUCAACUAGCCUCUCACUGGCAGAAGACGAUCCCGUGAUCGACUUUCAAAAGAAAGACUUAAUCGGCCUUGAUCUACCACACAACGACGCCCUUGUCAUCAGCAUUCAAAUCGCUCAAGCCAUGGUCGACCGAAUCCAUGCAGAUGAGGGCAGUGCAGCCAACAUCCUACAAUUGGCAGUCAUCCAACAGAUGGGCUUAGAGGCAAAAAUCAAUAAAUCAGCCAAGUGCUGA